UUUUUUAUGAAAUUGCUCUCCAUCGUCUCUCCAUCGUCAAGAGGGGGGCCACUAAAAUGCUUUGCCCUCUAGGUGGGGUGGGGGGGCUUCCCAACUAAAUCUCGCUUAGGGCCCCCAAAAGGCUAGGGCCGGCCGUUCACACACACACACACACACACACACACACACACACACACACACACACACACACACACACACACACACACACACAAACAAGAGUAGGCAGGAUAGUGGGGAGUUGGGUUACAUUCCUUCCAUCCGGCUGCGAUUCUAACCGCCAGGUCACUCCCAGUUCAGUCCCAGGAAACUGUGAGGGAAGAAUUUCCUCUGUGAGUCCAUACUGGACAAAAACAAAACAGGCAGGUAGAGGGAUUGUCGGUUUGGUCCAGAGCUUCAUCUCCUCAUCCCAGUGGUAUCUGGGUCCAACUCAGGAAUCCACAACUUAUUGGACAUUUCUUGGGAUAUUGUAGUCACUUUGAGCUAUGGGUGAAGGCAGUUCAGCUGCCCAGACCCUGAGAGGCAUCACAAGACACAUCACAUCAGCUGACCUCUGCACCCAGUCACAACCUAUUUAGCAUGACCAUCUUACAAUCUUUAAAUAUGCAUCACAAAGACAAAACAGAUGUUACAAAAAUACCAGUAUUUCCCCAUAAAAUUAAUUUAGACCAUAUCUGUUACAGAGAGAAAGACACCCCCCACCCCCCAGAUCCUUUUAUAUUCACUAAUUUUCAGAAUAGUGAUGUGAUAAACCAAAUUUAAGUCAAUAAAAAACAUACCCAAUACCUGGUGAAAAAAAUACCGGAAAUAACAGAAUCUCCACCAGGCUCUCUCCUGUCCUUUCUCUAAUUCCCUUUUUUUCUGUUACCUACAGUGUGUUUAGUUUAUCCACUGAGUUCUUCUCUAGCUGAAGGAGUCGAGGUGGAUCCAACAGCGCUUUGGCGUGGUUGUCUCUCUGGGGGACUCUACAGUACAUCACCCAGCCUGGUUAGGUGAAGGUCUCCCAGUCACCACGCCAAUACAGAGAAACUUUCCAUCCACUGCCGCUAUGCCGUUCUUAGACAGACAGACAGACACACAGACACACACACACACACACACACACACAGAAAGAACACCCCUGCCCGAUUCCCGGUUCAACAAAUACCAACCAGCUGUAAGUGGCUAGGGCUCCAUGAAAAACCCUCCACUGGAGGUCCCCUGACCUCUUUGGUACUGGGGGUUUGUAAAGCCCCCUCCAUCUAAAACCCACCAUACUCUCCACCUCACAUACCCCCUGCCACUGAUGUGCCUUCACUCCUGUUAGGCUUCUAAUGUUCCUUACCUUGAUCCAGAGGUUGUAGAGGGCUUUACCUCCCACCCCUUCAAACUCCCCCAGGCUUGGAGUGUUAAAUUCUAACAAGUCCUCCAGACCCCUUGUCAGUCUCCAGUCUCUGCCGUCACCUGCAGUGGCGGAAACAUUGGUGGCCCCUUCCCCUUUGGCCACUCAAACACUCCCCUUACCGGCUCAGACAGUGCCUCCUGGAUCUCCUCCAGGAAUCUCUCCAGCAGCUUAAGAGACGUUAUUCCUGUUUGUUGUGCCAGGACUUCCGAGGUUUUCCACCCCUCCUCUCCCAGCAGUCACAGGUCACCCAGUCUUUGUAAACUCGCUGCCAUCGGUUGCCUCUGCAGGGUGGCCGACUGAACCGAUCGCCAAGGGACGGCUGGGUUGUGGAAGAUAGGCUCCUCCCACACCCACAGCCCAGGCUCCACAUCCCCUUCUCGUGUGGGCCUUAGCAGCUGCCAGGCCCUCAGCACUGCAGAGUAAACAUCUGAGAGACCUGCUGUACUCUCAGCCUCUCCAGCUUCAUGAGGAACAGCUGCCGGUUCAACCCUAAUCCGCCAGCUCUCCUCAGCAGUGUGCAUGCUGGUUCCCUCCAGCCGACAUCAGUAUGGUACAGAAGUCUCUGCGCCGCCUUUAGUCGGAAAGCAGCCACCCUGCUCUCCUCCUUCGUGAAUGGUCAUGUACAGCACUGCCGCCCUUAGCCAGUGAUGGCCCGACCAGAAAAAGUCCACCAGCUUGCAUUGCAGGUCUGCGAGCAGACCGGCGGGGGGGUUGAGGACAGCCAGUUUAUGCCACAGGGAAGAUGCCACCAGGUUGUUGAUUAUCAGCACCCUCCCUCUAUAUGACAUUUGGGACAGGAGCCACCUCCACUUGGCCAGUCUUGACACCACUGCCUGUGACAGCCCCUCCCAGUUCUUCCUGACCCACUUCUCCGAGCCCAACACUUUAAGCCCUUCACAACACCACUGCAAACCCAAUGGAAGCAGAGGAGGGGCCCUAUCCUCCCAUGCCCCACAUAACAGAGCUUUGCUCUUGCCCCAGUUUACCUUAUCUGACGAAGCUCCCUCGUACACCUUCAGACUGGUCUCUAGUGCCUGCAUAUCCUGACCAUCCCUGACCAUCACAGAAACAUCAUCUGCAUAUGCUGACACUGCUAUGUCUAUCACCACAUCCAUGCCUGUCCAGCACACUCCCUGCAGUCUCCUGCGUAGCAGGCCCAAAAAGGCUCAAUGGCUACUGUAUAUAACUGCCCUGAUAGAGGGCAUCCUUGUCUAAUUCCCCAUCUCACCCAGACUGGCCUACUGAGCCCCCCACCCACCUUGACCAUACAUGACGCCCCAGCAUACAACAGCUUCAUACAGGUCAAAAAACUAUUCCCUAACACAGACAUCACAUUAAACAGAUACCAUGGUCCACUCUAUCAAAAGCCUUCUCUUGAUCUAAAGAGACCAGUCCAAAGUUCACAUUAGAACCUCUCGACAUGUCCAACAUGUCCCUGAUUAAGAACAAGUUGUCCGUGAUUGAGCUUCCUGGUACACAAUAUGUUUGGUCCUUGUGUACUAUCGAGUCCAGAUGGAACUUCAGUCUGUUAGAGAGGACCUUGGCAAAUAUAUUGUAGUCCGCACAGAGUAAUGCCACAGGCCUCCAUUUCUUAAGUUCACACAAGGCCCUUUUUUUGGGCAGGAGAGUCAGAUCCGCCCGACGGCAGCUCAUCGGCAACUCUCAUACCCAGACGCAUUCACGCAACACGCAAAAGUCCUGUCCAAAUAUUCCCCAUAAUUUUAAAGAAAGGGGGUCGAUGGAGUCCAUCGACCCCCGGUGCACGACUGGGAGACAUCUGGUUUAAGGCCUCUGCCAGUUCAUGGGACAACAGAGGAAUGUCCAUUUCAUCCCUCUCUGCUAGAAAGAGCUUAGGGAGUCCUGCGAACAACAAGUCCUAUACAACGCUGAAUAAAACUCCACAGUCCGCUCCCGCAUCUCCCCCACCACAGAGAUCACCCGCCCAUCAGACAGCCGUAGACCAUGCAUACCCUUGGCUUCACCGCUCUGUCUUUCCAAACCAAAGAAGAAGGAGCUGGGAGCAUCCAUCUCCUUGAUCGUGGAGAACCUAGCUCUUACAAGUGCUCCCUUUGCUUUAACCUGGAAAAAACUACCCAGGUCCCUACGUAAUUCAGCUAAAUUAGCCUGAAGGCCUACAUUGCCUUGCACUAUAAUCUCUACCUCCAUCUCACUAAUACAACGCUCUAGUUCUCCCAAUACUCUCCUAGCCUGAGAGAGCUGUAUACUGUUGACAGAAAUGCCGAAUUUGGACUUUUCCCACAUCCCACCAUUGACUCAGAGACUCAUACUCCUCUCUUCGCUGCCCCCACCUUUCCCAAAAGGUCUGGAAACAUUUCAGGAACCUUGUCAGUUUCCUCAACGUGUACUUUGACCCUUCUGCUGUCAGCUCCGUUCCCAUUGAAGAGGAAUCUGAAAAAAAUAACUCAUCGUCUUCUUCCUCAGACUCACUUUCCUCCUCAUCUCCAUCUCCCAUCCUGACCACCUGCCCUUCCUCUCUGGCCGCUUCCCCCCAAGCACCAGGCUUGUGAUGUUCCUUAGUGCCUUUGACCACACCCUUUUUCCUUUUUCGCUUGACCACACCCUUUUUCCUUUUCCUUUCCCUCCUCCUCCCCCCUAGUCUCUUACACUUCCCCACUAUACUCUCCUCAUCCACUAGCAUAACCUGACUAGACCCAGCCUUCAUCUACACCACCCUCCAUAGCGUGACUAGGCCCAGCCUCAUCUACACCACCAUCCAUAGCGUGACUAGGCCCAGCCUCAGCUACCCCACCAUCUCUUUUUAAAAAAAAUAAAUUUUUAUUUAACCAGGCAAGUCAGUUAAGAACAAAUUCUUAUUUUCAAUGACGGCCUAGGAACAGUGGGUUAAUUGCCUGUUCCGGGGCAGAACGACAGAUUUGUACCUUGUGCUGACAAGGUACAAAUCUGUCGUUCUGCCCCGGUUACUAGUCCAACGUUCUAACCACUAGGCUACCCUGCCGCCCCGUGACUAGGCCCAGCCUCCUCUACACCACCAUCCCUGACAUGACUAGGCCCAGCCUCUGCUGUCUGCAUCUCACUGCCCCCUGCACGUUGACCUCGAUUUCUCCCACUGGCGCUUGUGCCCUCACCUUGUCUACGGCCUUUAUGUGAGCAUGCAAAGCUCUUAUGCCCCAAAUCCUCACACUCAAAACACUGUAGACUAUCUGUGCUAGCAAACCCUGCGUAGAGCCCCACGUAGAGCCCUCCCCAUGCUUCACUUUAAAAUGCACAUUUAACUGUUGCUCAUUGUUAUUCAGAAACACAAACACUUGCCUCCAGAAUGAAACAACGUACUUAAUGGCAUCUGUCUGAAAACCUGCUGACAGUACACGAAAACCGCUAGCACCAAAACGACUCAGCUCUUUCCUGAUUGGGAUCAUCCGUAAUAAACUGAGGCAAAUUUGCAACUACCACCCUUGUCGAAUGGGUAGAAAGAGGUGAAAUUGGCACCAACACACCCCUUACAAAUAUUCCACUAGCAAUUAGCCUACCAACCAAAUUUGCUCUUUUCAUGAACACAACCACAGCUUUGUUCAUUCUAGAAGUGGAAUGUAUAAAUUCAGCUCCUACCUGUUCACCGACUGCAAGCAGAACCUCCUCCACUUUAACUCCAUUCUCAGGAACACCUGAAUCCAUGUCGUAACGACAGCGUCUCCUCCGCGCUAGGCUGAGAAGCCAUCGCACACACCACACCUUCCAAACCCCAGGAAACUAACUCUAUCCUCUUCCACCCUAACUAAACCUGUGCAUACCGCUAAAACAAAUAGUGCAUUAAUCCUCCACCACAGAAAAUACAAUUGAAAGAAAAGACCAAGGACAGAAUCAAGAAGGUUAGUUAGGACAGAGCCUUCCACACCAAACACUCAAACUCCCAAAACUCCCAGCAUGCACUGCGAGAGAGAGAGAGAGAGAGAGAGAGAGAGAGAGAGACAGACGGAUUGACGGGCAGGUGGGCGGGCGGAUACAUAGGCAAAUUGAGUCAGUUGUUUAGGCCAGUGGUUGGGAACAGGAAAGAUCAAUGUGGGAUCUGUAGAGCACAGACAGACAUGAUGGUGAGAGGAGGCGCAGGCAUCAUUAUGUCCUCAGAGACAAUAUAUCACAAGGAAUCAAAUUAGGCCUUUUUACAUAAAGAGACAUUUGAACAAGGAAAGGGACUUUGUCAAGACAAGAUCUUGAAGUUUAUUCAUUCUAACAUGUAUUUUUUGGGGCAAUUCAACAAGAGCUUUUCCAUGCGAAAGCUGAUCAGGUAUCAUGAGCAGUGUAUAAAACCUCACAGGGGGUCAUGCAUGCUUAUUGCAAGUUGUACAAUGCAUUAUAACUGCAGCAUAAUGCAUUAUUCCUGCAGGCUAUGAAGUGUUACCCUUUUUCUCUGGGAAUACAAACAAUCCCUAGUCCCUACUACACUCUUACAUGUCGCCUCCUCAGAUGUUAUGUUUCUGACGCUUAUUAAUAAGUGCUUUGACGAGGAUGACUACAUCACAUGGAGGUGAGAUCAAAUGUCCAAUGAUGACACCAUUAAACAAGCAGGUUAAAUGGGGAUGUGUUACUUGAAGACUCUCUUGUAUGUGUACACACAGACACACCUGUACAGCUCCUGUGAUGGCCCAUACCAUAUAGUAGUAAAGUAUCAUUUCUUUCACUGAGUAUAAAUUGACAUUGCUUGCCCACUAAAAGUUGCUGAAUCGGCCUACAUGCUGUCCUGUCAUGACUUGGGUAUAUUUGGGACUCUGCCCAGUGUCCACUCAUGUGAAAAGGCCAUUCUUCUGCACUGGCCUGCGCCGAGUUUAGCAUCAUGGGAAUGACUACCAACACUGUCAUACCAGCUCAAUUCCCAUGAGAAAACAUUUGAGUUGAACCAAAUAAAACGAACGGAAGGGAGUAGGGUCAUUUGAGAUAACAUGUUGAAAGAAAGACAGAGACGUAGCUAUGAAACUGUAAUUGUUUGCCUACAGCCUAAUAAGUCAGGAUGAGAGAGAGGACAGGAGAGUGUGCUGGGGAGGGAGACGAAUCUGUACCAAAGAGCAGUCUCCCGAGCACACGCUCAUGGGCAGACGGUAAAGGUUGUGUUGCCACCUAGUGGACAUAGGCACCAUUGCAAUUUCACUCAGCAAAUGUCACUCAGUUUGUUUUACAUGUCCUACUUGCACUUCAGUAAUAUUGUAAAGAAGUGAAUGAAUGCACACAUCCUUUUUUAAAUCCAAGGUAGAUUAUGGUAUUAUGCUCGAUUUCAUAUCAAGAAUAAACAUGAUCAAUUAGAAUACAGGAUAGACAUUUUCUAUGAACAUCAUUUUCAAUGGAAUCAAUCCCAUAGACAAGCAUAAUGCUUUAAUUCUUGUGACUCAGUGAGCACUUUGUCACUUUCGGUCUGCCUUGAGUGAAUCUUGUAGCCCAUGACCUUUUGUGACCUUACGUGACCUGAGAAGAUACUUGAGGAAAGCCAUAGCCAGGUAAAUGUAGAGGUGGGUGGGAAUGGCAUGUGAUGUCACGGCUAGACACGGUGGGAAAAGCAACAGGUAGCUCAAUGUAUGCUAGCGUUCCUGACUGUAGCAUCACAAACCACACCUGUGAAGAUGGCCCAGGUUAAGUCACCCGUGGAUGGUGUCAAGAGUCAGCAGCAGCGUGCAGAGAUGUACUCUGAUAUUACCAUCGUCAGCUCCAGCGCAGAUGUGGGCAGCCCAGCCAGAAAAGGCCCAUUUGACAGUAUGGCCCUAGGCCUCAGCAGGCGUGGGAGAGCCUACCCAUCCCCAGCGCGCAGGCGCCAUCGCACCACCUUCAGUCACAAGCAGCUGGAUCAGCUGGAGAUGGCGUUUGGACAGAACCACUACCCCGACAUCUACUGCCGUGAGGAACUAGCGCGGCUCACCAAACUCAAUGAGGCACGCAUACAGGUAUGGUUCCAAAAUCGCCGUGCCAAAUACCGCAGGCAGGAGCGUGCGUCUCAGAAGCUCUUGCCAAUGGCCAUGAUGCCAGGGCACGGGGCACUGUUGGGCAGCAUGUGUGUUCAGUCCACAGGGUUGACCCGUCAGUACUACCCUCACUCCCUGGCUCACCAUAUCCCCCGGUUCCCUUCUAUGCUGCCCUCAGGUGGUUACUCCCACCACCCAGGCUCAGCCAGCCAGUGUUCCUGCCCCACAGUCCCACCAGAGCCACAACCCCCCCGCCAGCACGAGGAGUGGUACAGCCCUCUACGGAACAUUGGAGCCCCACCCAGCAACCUGGCCACACCUGUGUUCUCCCUGACCUCCCUGCCUGCUCUAGACCCUGGCUCUCACUGGAACUAAAAAAAGAGUAACUUCUACGUCGGGAAGUAGACAAGCUCUUAUAGGCUGUGUCUCAAAGAACAGUUAUUCAUUGCACCUUAGAUUAGAUGACAAAAUACCGUUUUUUGUAUCUAUACAGUGAUAGCUAGUAACUAAAGAACAGGAAGAAUUUAGAGAAUAGUGAAAAUGACUAAACUCCUUCUCCCAUUGAAUACCUGACAUUGCAUGUUUUCUUGAAAGUUCAGAGUAGCCUAACUGAGAGAAAGACAUUCGUGGGUAGUCUUGAAUUAUCCAUAUAGAUUGUCUGAAAUAUACACUAUACAUCUUUCUAAUGCCUUUUGUAUUUUCACAGUAAAUAAAGUAGUGUGUAUUGGGAGUGAUUUGUUUGUUUAAAUGUUAAAUUGAUGCUAGAAAGGUUUUGUAUCAUUUCAGCCAGUAGAUUUGAAAGUAGCGUCGCACAAGUCAAAACGGGUCCCCACAAUCAUAUACAACGUCAUCCAUUUCGUACAGUGCCUUCAGAAAGUAUUCACAACCCUUGACUUUUUCAAAUUGUGUGAAUUUAAAAUGUAUUUAUAGAUUUGUUUUUGUCACUGGCCUACACACACGACCCCAUGUCAUAGUGGAAUUAUGUUUUUAGAUAUUCUGACAAAUUUGUUCAAAAUGAAAAGCUGAAAUGUUUUGAGGCAAUAAGCAUUCAACCGCUGUUAUGGCAAGCCUAAAUAAGUUCAGGAGUAAGAAUGUGCUUAAACAAGUCACAUAAUGAGUUGCAUGGACUCUUUGUCCUGAAUACAAAGUGUUAUGUUUGGGGCAAAUCCAACACCAUACAUUACUGAGUACCACUCUCCAUAUUUUCAAGCAUAGUGGUGGCUGCAUCAUAUUAUGGGUAUGCUUGUAAUCAUUAAGGACUGGGGAGUUUUACAGGAUAAAAAUAAAAUGUAUGGAAUGGAGCUAGGCACAGGCCAAAUCCUAGAUGGAAAUCUGGUUCAUUCUGCUUUCCAGACAUUAAGGUGCAUUCCCCUUUCAGCAGGACAAUAACCUAAUACACAAGGCCAAAUCUACACCGGAGUUGCUUACCAAGAAGACAGAGUAUGUUGUUGAGUGGCCGAGUUACAGUUUUGACUUAAAGGGAUUUGAAGGAAGAUGCUAACUAGCGUUAGCGCAAUGACUGGAAGUCUAUGGGUAUCUGCUAAUUAUCAUAACCUACACCUCGGACAGAUCUGCACUAACAUGCACUCAAGAAGGCUGCAGUAUGCGAAUGCCACUUUGAGACAUAUUCAACAUAAAACAUCAGAGAAGACAUUCAUAUAUAUUUGUUUAUUGCAGCAUAUUGCAAAGACAACACAGUUGCAUGUGUCUACUACUCUUGUCAUUUUAUAGAUUUUAAUAACACAUUUCUAUUCAAGUAACCUCUAUUCACCGAACAACUGUCACUGAAUGAUGAAAUUAGAACUCUUUUGUAACAAAUAAAGUUUCAGUAUUCAUUUGGAAGUGAUUAUAAAUGGGUUGAAUAUAGACCUGGGCCUUAUAGCAUAAAGACCUGGUAACCUAAUGAUCUGUAACUGUUUGACAGCAAUGGAGCUCAUUUGGAAAGAAUCAAGUGUGGUCUAACGACACAUAAUGUAACAUCAUUACUUCAAUAGCAUUUAUAGCAACAUAACCCUGCAUUCUACUUAUAGCACAUCUGUACAAUUAAGUUAACCCUUCAGUAUUGCUGUCACCCAGAGGUCUCACUGUGCUAUAAGUCAAAGUGAAUCCAGUGAUGAAGAAAUCACAUCU